UGAUUACAUUUCCAUAGAUAUUGUCAAAGGGCGCAUAGUUUUUGACAACUAGUUAUUUUUCGGCGUUUUCCAAUAAAAUAUAAAGUGUAGCGUUGUUUUUGUGCUUUUCAGUUUAUGAAAAUAGUUUAUGGUCGAAGAAAAUUGCUUUACAAACGCAUAAAACAAUCUUUACUCUUGAGUAAGAAAUUUUGAUUCAUUAUGGGACGUCGUAAAUCUAAAAGAAAGCCUCCACCGAAGCGAAAAAAUAUUGAACCUUUGGAUCAGCAAUUUAACUGUCCAUUCUGUAAUCAUGAGAAGUCUUGUGAAGUAAAAAUGGAUAAAGGACGAAAUACAGCGAGGAUAACAUGUCGUGUUUGCCUUGAAGACUUCCAAACUGGAAUUAACUUUUUAUCGGAACCUAUAGAUGUAUACAAUGACUGGGUAGAUGCCUGUGAAACUGCUAAUUAAUCGUAAUUUAUAUUGAACUUUAAGUAAAUAUGUAUGUAUUUACAAACAUAUAUUGGUAGUCCAUGUGUUCCGCAGGGCUACACAACAGACGUUACCAGGGCAUGCAUAAUAAAUUUAAUAAACCUUGAUCGCCAACACA